UGUUGACAAAGGGAAUCUUGGGGUGCCGCAGUUACCUGGGCAAGGGUGUUCAUUUCACAGCUUCCGAACAAAUACCUAUAAACUGAGUUUUAUGGAGAGCCCAUCCGGAAUAAAGAUCAUCCUUGUCACCCACCCGAGGACUGGAGAUCUUAGGGAAUCCCUGAAGUACAUUUAUAACUUGUAUGUUGAAUAUGUUGUCAAGAAUCCACUGUAUUCCCCAGGAACUCCAAUUAGGUGAUCAAAAGAUUUCAUUAGCAGCUGUGUAACAUGACAAGUACUACAAGCACUCCUGUCCAUCUUUCAUACAUGCUUAAGA